AGAAAAUGUAUGCAUACCAAAAUUGUCUGAAGAAUGUAAUAAAAAUAUUACGUAUUCCGCAUGGAUAAAUACUCCAAUUUGGGCGAAUUCUAAAUAAAAAUGAAACGAGCAUGCGCGUAGAAAGGUGUCUCAUUUUGAGUUUGUUUAGAAAUUUAUUUCGUUCAAAAAUUUGUUUAUUUCUUAUUUAAUAAAGAAUUAAAACAAAAAUUAUUGUUACUAAGAUAAUAAAUUGAGAUUGGUUUUUUAUAAUAAGUAUCUAUUAAUAUUGCUACAGAGAAAAGUUAUCCGCUUUUAGUAUCGGCAUGAAUUAACGUUUAAUGUACUUACGUCAUAUACAAUUAAAAAAAAAUGAAACAAAAAAAUAUAAAUCUUUAUAAGAAUUUACUACACUAUGUCAUCAAGAUAUAUACUCGAGGUUGGAAUUUAUAUUUUAUUCUACGAUACACGUAAAGCAUUAAAUCAUUUAUUCAAUGCUUCUUUUCCUCGUAUAUGUAUUAAAAGACAGAUACUGAUACAAAGAAAACAACGAGCGUACUAUUUUACAUGUUUUUCAAUCUACAAACGUAUCGAAUCAAUUUACGACUGUUCAUCGACAUACUUAUUCCUUCAUCAGGAUUUUUAUCCAUUCUACUUACACGAUGGUAUUUAGUUAAAUAAUAUUCUAUAACAGCCAUGAUACAAAUAUAUAACAUUUAAAAAAUAUGGGAUUCCAGUGAAAUACAACUACCCCCGAUUGUAUGUUUCUUAUAUCUAAGAGAAAUCUAAAUAAUGUCCGGCAUUUGACGUAUGAUGAAAAAAUGAGUAUGUAAUUUGAUGGAAGGAAUGAAUUUAUAUUUAUAUGAUAACAAGUAAAAAUGAAAUCUUUUCUUCCUUUGAAAAUUGUAAACUGUUUAUACUUGUGUUGUGUAAGAAAACAUUUUUUUCUUCGUUGGACCAUUCAAUGUACGUAAUAUGUACAGUCAUUGUAAGUACAUUUAAUACUAGCCAUUAUUUUCAUCCUUUACUUCAUCUACUUUUAUUUCAUCCUUCUUUUCAAUAUCAUUUGUGUUUUCGUAAUUUUCAUCCUUGUCAGAUUUUAUGGAAACAUCAGCCGGUUCGUUAUUCUCUGAUUCUAAGUUUUUCUCUGGAUUUGGAUCACGAUUUUCUUCUCCUUCUUCCGUUGAUUGCGGAACUUCCGCUGUUGUAUUUAAUGUUGCCGAUCCAUCGAAAUUCUGUUGAUGCUUUCCAAGACCUACUUGUACUUCUAUAAGUUCGAGCUCUUCAAUCAGUGCCUUCUCUCUUCUUUCAAUUUCCUCUGUAGUUCUUUUGCAGAUUGUGCUAAUAAUACAUCAGUUUGUGGAUGUUUACGCUUUGGUACGUAAUAAAUAGGAGGUUGGGCACGUGUUUUUAUAAACGAAGCAAGUGGUAAUUGUGCAGCGCGCCAAUCCUGAAAUUGUCGGCUGCGUGCCAACUUUGCUUCCAACGCUCGGACUUCCGCUAGUUGCCGUUUACGAGACAGGAACAAUUGUUGUCUUUCUCGUCGUAAUUCUUCCUUUUCUCUCCUUCUAGCUUCCUCUACUCGUGCUUCUACUUCUGCCUUUUUAUCUUCCUGCAAACGAUUUAGUUUCUUCCUGUCGAAAUUUUUGUAACGUUCCUAAAAGAGCCCCAAACAUUCGUUUAUUCCUUUGUCUGCUACGUUCGUCUAUUCUUUCACGUCUAAUAACUUCCUGUCUAGAUGGAAUUUCUCUCGGUGUUGCUAUCACUCUAGAAGACACUGCCGGCUUAAUAACAUUGUCAUCUUCAUCAGCACUAUCGUCAUUGUUAGAAGGUACACGUGCACUUAAUCGACUGAAAACAGUUUUUGGUUCACCAUUUGAACCUUGCCAUCUCCUUUUUCCACCAGGUAGCUCGUUGUUGAUAAAAUCAGAAACAACACGUCUUCUAUCCUCUUGCAAUGGUCUCUUUUGUGAAUUUAACCUGGGUGGUGGUUGUAGCGGGCCGUUCUCUCCAUCAGGGAGAUCCCGGCCCAAAAUUUUUCGAAUACUCCGAUCGAGUCCUCGAAGACCAUCUCGAGCGGCUUCUAAUUGCGCUUCUAACCUCUCGGCACCCCAUGCCUCUUGCACGUCUAAUUUUCUCAUUUAUUUACUUCUUUUCACGCUUACUGAAAUUGUAAAGCCAAUUUAUUUGACGAACUACGACGAUUGUUGUCGAACCGCAUUACUGUCGUGGAGCCACCUACAAUUUCGUUCCUUUUUCCAAAUCGAUAAGUCUCGGGAUUUUUCCUUUCGCUUGUAGAUCAUACUUCUAGUAAAUUUCUCAUAAUGCCAAUUUAAUACAUUGCGCAAUUGGAUAAAUUUAAUUGUUAAUCGUCUAAUUUUUGCGAUAUUUUAAAGUUUAUUGCAAAUUCUUAGGCCAAAGGAAGAAAUAAAAGAAACGAGAAUAUUAACUUUUGAAACAUAUUUUUUACUAACUAAAAUUGCAACAUCAUAUUUAUGUAUAUACUAAUCGAAAAUAUGAUUUUAUUAAUUAAAAGAGAUGUAAAAAUAUAUUCUAUAUCAGAACAAAAAUAAUUCAAUUUACAUUUUAAGUAUUUUUAUUAUAAGUAUUUCCCUAUUCUUUUAUUACACAUAUAUGUGUUAUAUCUAUGUGUAAUAUUUGUUGGCGGGCAAAUUACAACCUUUACACACGUUCUUUAAGUAUCAUAUUGCCUUGUUAAAUAAUAACUACUUUUCUUAUUUAAAUAGGAAACAUGUUGUUUAGAAUUAAUUAGCUAUUUACAGUUUACAUAAUUAAUUAUUGUACAAAAUGACAAGUUUACAAAAUACAGGAAAAUUUCGACCGUUUAAAGGAAAUGCAAGGAAUGAUCAAAAUCAAGAAAGAAAUGUGUCAGGUGAAACUUCAGGAGGUAACAGGUUAAAUGAAGUUAAUGAAAAUAUAAGAAUAGAUGGUUUAUAUGGAUUUUACAAUAUAACUGAUACAAAGGAAAGAACAGGAUUUCUUAUAAAUAUGCAUGCAACAGAAAUUAUGGAAGAUGAUAAGAGAUUACAAAGUGGUGUGGAUUAUUAUUUUUUAGAAGAAGAUUGUAGUAGAUUUAAAGUCUCGUAUCCUUAUAAUCCAUAUUUGUAUAUUUUAUGCAAAAAGGAUACAUAUGAAGAAGUUACUACUGGUUUAAAUAAAAAAUAUCCUGAUUUCAUACUUAAAAUAGAGACUGUGUACAAAGAAGAUCUCGAUUUGCCAAAUCAUCUAAUUGGUUUAAAACAGAAAUACUUAAAAAUUUCUUUUAUUAAUACUGUGGAUUUGAAUAAAAUCAGACGUGACAUUAUGAAGGCAGUAAAGAUAAAUAAAGAACGUGAAAAAAAUAAUACUUAUUAUUCAGACAUGUUGUCAAAUGUACUACAUACUGAUCAGGAUGCAGGAGACAUUAAAAAGAAAACCAUAGAUUUUAUGGAUAAUAUUCUUGACAUCAAAGAAUAUGAUGUGCCACAUCAUGUACGUGUCUCUAUAGACAUGAAAAUUUGUUGUGGUAAUUGGUAUUCUGUGAAAUCAAGAGGAAAUGAUGUACCAAUUAUUACAAAGAGAGAUGAUCUUAUUGAGCCACCUGAUCCAAUUGUGUUGGCAUAUGAUAUUGAAACGACAAAACUUCCUUUAAAAUUUCCAGAUGCUGAUACGGACCAAAUUAUGAUGAUCUCAUAUAUGAUUGAUGGACAAGGAUAUUUGAUAACAAAUAGGGAAAUAAUUUCGUGUGAUAUUGAAGAUUUUGAGUACACUCCAAAACCGGAGUUUGAGGGAUUUUUUACAGUUUUUAAUGAACCUAAUGAAAAAGCGACGAUAAAAAAAUUUUUCGAUCACAUAAACGAUAUUCGACCACAUAUAUUCGUAACAUACAACGGUGAUUUUUUCGAUUGGCCAUUUGUAGAAACUAGAGCAGCUUUUCAUAAUAUGGAUAUGAAAAAUAGGAUUGGUUUUUCCAAAAAUCGUGAUGGAGUUUAUAGUUGUAGGCCAGCCAUGCACAUGGACUGUUUGAGUUGGGUAAGACGCGACUCUUAUCUUCCUGUGGGUUCUCAGAAUCUAAAAGCUGUAGCAAAGGCGAAGUUGAGAUAUAAUCCAGUGGAAUUGGAUCCUGAAGAUAUGUGCAGAUUGGCAUCUGAGGAACCAGAGUCUCUUGCAAACUAUUCAGUUUCAGAUGCAGUUGCUACAUAUUAUCUUUAUUACAAAUAUAUCCAUCCUUUCAUAUUUGCUUUGUGUACCAUUAUUCCUAUGGAACCAGAUGAAGUACUUAGAAAGGGAUCUGGUACAUUAUGCGAAUCUCUUUUAAUGGUACAAGCUUACCAAGCUAAUAUUAUAUUUCCUAAUAAACAAGAGCAAGAAUUAAACAAGUUAACAAAAGAUGGUCACUUAUUGGACCAAGAAACAUAUGUUGGAGGACACGUUGAAGCUUUAGAAUCAGGUGUUUUCAGAGCUGAUAUUCCUUGUCGAUUCAAAAUAGUACCGAAUACAAUAGAUGAAUUAAUAAGUGGCGUCGAAUCUGCAUUAAAGCAUGCUAUACAAGAAGAGGAGAAAGUAUCCAUGGAUAUGGUUACAAAUUUUGAAGAGAUAGUUGAAGAAAUUACAGUGAAGUUGAAAGCUCUAAGAGAUCAACCACUGAGAUUAGAAAAUCCAGUAAUUUAUCACUUAGAUGUCGGUGCUAUGUAUCCAAAUAUUAUUUUAACCAAUCGUCUACAACCAUCUGCAAUGGUCAAUGAAACUAUAUGCGCUGCAUGCGAUUACAAUAAACCAGGAGCACUUUGUCAGAGAAACAUGCAUGAAUAUCAGCGAAUGCAGCAACAGCUUGAAAAUGAAAAAUUUCCACCGCAAUUCCCGGGCGGUCCUCGCAGAGCAUAUCAUGAAUUAUCUAAAGAGGAACAAGCAUCAUAUGAGAAAAAGCGACUGACAGAAUAUUGCAAGAAAGCUUACAAGAAAGUUAAAGUUACUAGCAUGGAAGAAAGAACGCAAACGGUAUGUCAAAAAGAAAAUUCAUUUUAUGUUGAUACUGUACGAGCAUUUAGAGAUAGAAGAUAUGAAUAUAAAGCUCUUACUAAAAUUGCGAAACAAGAAGUAGCGGUAGCCAUAGCAAAAGGAGAUGCUGCUGAUAUCAAGUCUGCUAAAAGUCGAGAAGUACUAUAUGAUUCGUUACAACUUGCUCACAAAUGUAUUUUAAAUUCCUUCUAUGGAUAUGUCAUGAGAAAAGGAUCUCGAUGGUUUAGUAUGGAGAUGGGUGGCAUAGUGUGUUAUACAGGGGCACAUAUUAUUAUGAAAGCUAGAGAGAUUAUAGAGCAAGUUGGUCGUCCUUUAGAGUUAGAUACAGACGGAAUCUGGUGUGUUUUACCAGCAUCUUUUCCUGAUAAUGUAGUUGUUCAUACCACCCACCCAAAAAAAACAAAAUUAGUAGUGUCAUAUCCAAAUGCUGUUCUUAAUUUUAUGGUGAAGGAUCAAUUUACUAAUGACGUAUACCACGAACUUGUUAAUUCUGAGAAUUUAACAUACAAAAUUAGGAGUGAAAAUUCUAUAUUUUUUGAAGUGGAUGGUCCCUAUUUGGCUAUGGUAUUGCCUGCAGCGAAAGAAGAAGGAAAAAGAUUAAAGAAACGAUAUGCAGUUUUUAAUUUCGACGGUUCUUUGGCCGAAUUAAAAGGUUUUGAAGUAAAACGAAGAGGUGAACUCCAGUUAAUAAAAGUUUUCCAGACGUCUGUAUUCGAGUCUUUUUUAAAAGGUAGCACAUUAGAAGAGUGCUAUGCAUCAGUAGCUAAAGAUGCAGACUAUUGGCUUGAUAUUCUUUAUAGCAAAUGUGCAGAUAUGCCAGACUCGGAGUUGUUUGAACUUAUAUCCGAAAACAAAUCAAUGUCACGUAAAUUGGAGGAAUAUGAAGGCCAAAAAUCUACAUCCAUUUCUACUGCUAAAAGAUUAGCUGAAUUUUUAGGUGAUCAAAUGGUUAAAGAUGCCGGUUUAGCAUGCAAAUAUAUUAUUGCUAAUAAACCUCAAGGUGCACCAGUUACAGAACGAGCAAUACCAUUAGCUAUAUUUCAAUCGGAACCAGCAAUUAGAAAGCAUUAUUUACGAAAAUGGUUAAAGGAUCCUAGUUUACAAAACGACGAUAUACGGCACAUUUUAGAUUGGAGUUAUUAUAUUGAAAGACUCGGAAAUGCUAUUCAAAAAAUUAUUACAAUUCCGGCAGCAAUGCAAGGGUUGUCCAAUCCAGUUCCUAGAGUAAAACAUCCGGAUUGGUUGCAUAAAAGAGUAAUGGAAAAAAGUGCAACGCAUAAGCAAAAAAAGAUUACUGAUUUAUUUACUGUACUGCCUAAAGACAAAAACGAAGAUAACAAUGCUCAAGAUAUAGAAUCAUGUGAUAUUGAAGAUAUGGCAGGGAAAGCUUCAACAUCUAAGCAAUCGUUGCCAAUUGUCAAUAAAAGGAAACGACAAUCUUUAGAAGGAAAUGAAGUAGAAAAUGCAAAUAAAAGUUGGAAAGAGGUUUUAGGUUCACCACCACCAAUGGGAACAACAAAGGAGGAAAGAUUAAAAUGGUUGGAAUUUCACAAACAAAAAUGGGCUUUCCAAGCUAAGCAAAGGGCUGGGUAUCAGAAGAGUAAAAAGAGUAAACGUUCUAAUAAUGAUAGAGAUCAAGUUAAUUGGAGUAUUACAAAAAAUACCAAUACAUCCACAUUGGGUGGCUUUUUGAGGCGAAAUCAAAAAAAAUUACUUGUAACUCCAUGGCAGAUUAUUCAAAUAUCACCGACAAACAAGCCUGGUUUAUAUCGAUUGUGGGUAUUAGUCGAUAAAGAUCUCCAUCAGUUGCGUCUUGUGGUGCCUCGUAUAUUUUAUGUGAAUACUCGUAAACCUAAACCUGAUCCAGAACCAGGUAAAAAAGUAUCCUGGAAGAAAAGCAUGAAAGUUCUUCCACGAUCUCGGCCUAUAUAUAAUUUAUAUCAAUAUACUGUACCGGAAAUACAAUUUCAACUAUACAGUCAAGAGCUUUUAGAAGAUAUGAGUAAACCAGAAAUUGAAGGAAUUUAUGAAACUCAAAUGUCACUAGAGUUUAGAGCUAUUCUUCAAUUAGGAUGCGUUUGUACAGUUGAUCCCAAAGCAGCACGUAACAUGGCAGAUGGUGCAGACACAUUUACCUUAGAUCAAUUAGAAUUCAAGAGUAUUGCUACGCAACCAUAUCUUCAAAAUCUCCAUGAAAUUAAUUAUAUUUUCUUGUAUCAUCAUUGGAGUUCAAAUCAUCAAAGAGCUUUAUGGGGCCUAUUUUUGAAUGCAAGUAAAAGAGCACAUAUAUUCGUUUUGGAUUCUGUGUCGUCAAAUCAAAUGCCUAACAUGAAUACAUUGUACACUCAAGAACGGGAUACAGCGAUAUCUGUGAAUGGAGAAGAUAAAAUAAAAUUUUUACCUACAUCGAUGCAAUUCAUUGUAAGAUUUGAAACAGAUUUUCAACAAAUUUGUCGUAUCUUACAAGCAGCUAUAACUACAUAUAAAAAUGAAGGACAUGGAACAACAAUAUUUAUUAUUCAAACAGCUUUAGAUAAAACGGCAUUAGCAACUCAGAUGCCAUUGCUUAAUGACUUUCCUUUAAUUAACACUUAUGUACAAGAUAUCGAAAAUUUAUAUAAUACAUUGGAAUGGCAGAAAGUUGGAGCAAAAAUGAUGUUACGUCAUUACUUUAAGAGUCAACAAAUUUUUGAAUUAAUGUCCGAACAAUGUAGAUUCUUUCACGCACCAAUCGGGAAUAUUCCCGCGGAUCCCAUUAUUUUUGGCGCAGACUUAUUUUUUGCAAGGCAUUUACAAAAGAAUAACUUUGUAUUAUGGUGUUCUCAAACGGAAAAGCCAGAUUUAGGCGGUAGUGAGAAUGAUGAUAACAGAUUAUUGACAGAUUUUGAAGAAAGUACACAUUGCGCUGCUAAUAAUGCUGGGACUUAUUCUAGUGUUUGCAUUGAAUUAGAGGUAGAAAAUUUAGCAGUAAAUACUUUAUUACAGCAUCAUCAUAUCCAUGAUAUUGAUGGAACAAGUAAUUUUGUUGCCUUUCACAUUCAACAACAAACAUCUAUUCAAGAUAUGGCAACAGGAGAUGGUAUGACUAGUAUAAUUCCUAAUUACGACGAAACGAUUCUUUGUAAUCUUGCUUUUAAAUCAUUGCGGAGCAUGGUAAAUACAUGGCUGUUAGAUGUAUCAGUUUAUAAAAAUGUAUUCGCAGAUUAUCAAAUCAUUCAUUUUUACAGAUGGUUGCGUUCACCUAAUUCUUUACUUUAUGAUCCUGCAUUAAGAAGAACUUUGCAUACUUAUAUGAAAAAAUUAUUCGCACAAUUAUUGGCAGAGUUUAAAACUUUAGGAUCUAUCAUUAUUUUUGCGAAUUUUAAUAAAAUCAUUGUUUGUACUAAGAAAAGAACAGUGAGUGAUGCAUUAGGCUAUAUGGAAUUCGUCGUUCAAACAAUACGUAAUAAAGAAAUUUUCCACAGUAUUGAAAUAACUUUUGAACAGUGUUGGGAGUAUUUAAUAUGGCUUGAUGUUCAUAAUUUUGGUGGUGUGAAAGGAGAAUUACCAAAAGAUAUGCAAGAGAAUACUGAAAGUACAAAUGAUGGAAAUGCUGAAGAAGAGAAUGAGGAUGAACCUGAAAUAAUAAUGAACUGGAAUUUGAUGGAGUGUCUUCCCAAAGAAGCUGCGUGUCGAUCAAGUUUUACUGCUAUAAUAGCAGGGUAUAUCCAUGCGAUUUAUCAAUUUAUGUUAGAAAACGAAUUAAAUACGACUGUAAGACCCAAGAAAAGAUCAAGCAAUUUAAGUCAGUUAUCAGGUCAACUUGGAUUAGGAUCACUUGAGAAUACUGCAGAUUUUGCUAAAAAACUUAUAAAGGGAGAUAUGUCUCAAAAACUAUUUCAAAUUGUACAGAAAAUACAUAAAAAACUUCCAGAAAAAAUAUUAACAAUUGAAGAAUAUCCAAAUUUAGAUUUAGAUGAUAAAGAUAACAAGAGAAUUAAUCCAGCAUUGGAGUUAAUUAAAUCAGUUUGUAAGGUUUUAUCUCUGGACAUGGAAGUUGAAAACGAAGUAUAUAAUUUACAAACAAAUAUGUUGAAACUAAUUAGAGUUGGUAGUUUCAGUGAUCUAGUUGAAUGGAAAGAUCCAUGUAUUUCUUUGAUUUUACCUGAAAUUAUUUGUAAAGUCUGUAACCAUACAAGGGACAUUGAUCUUUGUAAAGAUAAUUUUUGUGUUAUGGAACAGGAUAGGUAUAUAUGGAAAUGUCCUCUUUGUAAAAUGGAUUAUGACAAUGAAGAAAUAGAAUUCCUUUUGAUGGACAUAGUAGAUCGUAAAAGUAUGGCUUACAUAUUGCAAGAUUUACAAUGUCGUAAAUGUAAAGAAAUUAAGAGGGAAAAUAUGAAUGAACUUUGUUCUUGUUCUGGUAACUUUAAGACUUUGAUUUGUAAAAGUGAAAUAGAGAAAUUUAUGAAAAUCUGUAAAUCUGUAGCCAUAAAAUCUAAUAUGAAAACAUUAUUGGAAAUAAUUCGAAAUACAAAACUUCUUAUAGACUCAAACAGAAAUGGAUAUGGAAUCCCUGUACGACUACGGGGAGGAGGAACAGGAUUUCUACGAGGAGAGUCCUGGUACCAGGAAGGGUUACCCGAUCGAUCAUAGAUCCAUCAAGGUCAGUGAUACCCUUUGA